GCGGGGCGGCGCGGAAGGGCGGCUCCCGGCGCAACGCCUGGGGCAACCAGUCGUACGCCGAACUGAUCAGCCAGGCCAUCGAGAGCGCCCCGGAGAAGCGGCUCACCCUGGCCCAGAUCUACGAGUGGAUGGUCCGCUCCGUCCCCUACUUCAAGGACAAGGGCGACAGCAACAGCUCCGCCGGAUGGAAGAACUCUAUUAGACAUAACCUGUCCCUGCACAGCAAGUUCAUUAAAGUUCACAAUGAAGCCACAGGGAAGAGCUCUUGGUGGAUGCUCAAUCCCGAGGGUGGUAAAAGUGGAAAAGCACCAAGAAGAAGAGCUGCCUCCAUGGACAACAGCAGCAAACUCGCAAAAGUCAGAGGUAAAGCAUCCAAAAAGAAGCCUCCUCUCCAGUCUGCUCCAGAAUCCACUGCUGACAGUCCUGGCUCCCAAUUCCCCAAGUGGCCUGGGAGCCCGUCCUCAAGAAGCAACGAGGACUCUGAUGUGUGGAACACCUUCCGGCCUCGAACCAGUUCCAAUGCAAGCACCAUUAGUGCCAGGCUCUCUCCUAUCCUGACGGAGCAGGAUGACCUCCACGAAGAAGAGUUGCUUCCUUCUCUAGUGUACUCCAGUGCAUCCAGCAACGUUCCACCAACUGUGACCGAGGAGCUUGAGCUCAUCGAUGGGUUGAAUUUGAUGUCUCCCAGCACAUCUGUUUUAUCUACCCAGCAGUCUGCCUCGAGUGGUCAGAUCCAGAGAGAUUCCAGCUUUUCCUUGCGGAGCCCGAGUGCAGCUGGUCAGACCACUACGUUUGGCAAUUCCCUUUUUAACCCUGUUGAUAUCUCAUUGCAAAGUUCUGUCAGCCAUUUCUCUGCCCCUCAGACCUUGGAAGCUCUUCUGACACCCAGCUCUCCUCCUCCGAGGGAUGUUAUGAUGACUCAGGUGGAUCCAGUUCUCCCACAGACUGGUAGCAGAAUGAGCAGCCGAACUCUUCUGCUUCUAGGUGGACAAGCUGCCCAGAGUAAGAUGAGCUCGGGCAAUCCACGAGGAAAGCCCACAGAGCAGCAGGCAGAACCAGUCAGUGCCAAUGUUUUGCCAUCAACACUUCCUAUAGUAACAUCUCCUCAAAACACUGCCAGCAUCACCAGUUUGAAGGCUCCAGUUUCUGCAACAACUGCCCAGUCAGUCCAGCUGGGCAGUCCACUGCUUCUUUCUUCUGCUAGCCCUGCUCCCUUGGGAUUGAACCAGGACAGGCUGCCCAUUGACCUGGACAUUGAUAUGUACAUGGAGAACCUUGAAUGUGAUAUGGAUUACAUCAUCAACAGUGAACUGAUGGAUGGAGAAGGACUGGACUUUAAUUUUGAACCCAUGCUGUCUACUCCCAGCUAUCCCAGCACCUCACAAGCCUCCAACCAUACCUGGGUACCAAGUUAACUUCAGGAGCACAAAAAGUGUCCUUCGGGUUUUGAACAUCGGGUUCUGACUUCACUUCCCACCCCUGGCAGAGAAAAGAAUGGAGCACGUUGGAUUCGGUUUCCCUGCACACUAUGGCUUGGGCAGAAGGGGCUGCCCACCUGGGAAGAAGGGGCAACCUGCAUCUGGCUGCAACAGGAAGAGUUUAAAAGUAAUAAUCCUGUCAUGUGCCACGGCUCUUCCUACAAACCUGACCCUGCCUUGGACCAUCUGGAGAAACCCUGGGCUGUACACGUCCAGAGAGGAGCCCCGGUAAAAUCCUUGGCCAGAAGAGUCUGUGCCAGGCAAUAGCAUUUUCCCAUGUGAAGAGUUGGGUUUGCUGGAGGAAUAUCUCAAUGCUAUCCUCUCUCUGCUACGGCAGAAAGUCUCCCAGUGCCUCAGACUGGUGGAGGGCUGGCUCUGCUCUCACUUGGCUUGCCCUAUGGGGCAAAGUAGUUGAGACGUUUUUGUGAAGCCAGCAGAUGUGCAUUUGGUGUAUCCCACAGACUGGCGGAGGAAUUGGAAGGAGCCUGCUGGGGGAAGCCCCACGGGACAAGGGUGGGCUGUUUCAGGUGUUGAUUUCAGUGUGCCCAUCUCUGGAGCACCCGUCGUCGUUCUGCGGGGAAGGGUGGUGGUUGUGGUGUAGAAGGCUUCCUCUUGUCCACCCGAGUGGAAGAGGAGGACAUUGAGUUUUUCACUGUGCCAAUGGAGCCCCGUUGAAUCAGAAGCAUGUUUUGAGAAGUCCCUAUGCUGUUCUCAGCACUUUCCUGAUACACCAGGCUGCUGUAACAUAAGCACAGGUGCUAAUAGCUGUUUCUGGGACAUAAAACCAUCAUUUUGGGUUUGUUUGUUUGUUUCUGAUCUGUCUUGCAGAGAAAUGGAAAGCCUGGGUGUGGCCUUAACAGAGCCCUGGUUGCUUUUCAGAAGGGCAUUUUCUAUAGAUGAAAUAUUUUUUUACUAAUCUGGGAACUUUCUACAGUGACUAUAAAGCCAAUGUUCAGUGUGUCCCCAUUAGGCGUAUUAGGCAUCUCUCCCUCUGAGAAGGUACCAGUGACAGACUUCUUUUUCAGAGCUGUCUUAGGAACAAACACGUUUGGUGUUUGAUAAUGUAUAUGACUGAGGGGAAAGAAUUGGCAGGUCCCUGUGGUUUCAAACCACCUCGGGGAAGAGUUGUACAUUAUUGUAAUCUAUAUGUAAAAGUAGCUGCAAAUUACAUAGAAGCUUUUCUAAACCUUUUUAAAUAUAUAUUAUAUAUUUUAAUUGAAAAUGAGAUUAUUGGAUAAAAAAGAAGAAAAAAAAAAAAAAAACGCAAAACAAACACAUUUGCUGCAUCUGUCCCCUUGAUACCAGAUAACACUACAGUAUGGGAGGGGACAGGCCUAAGGCGUUUUGGGCCAAGAAGCUGAAAAUGUCAUUAGAAAAGUGGGCAGGGCAUCAGGGCGUAGGUGGGGAAGGAUGUCUCUUCCUGGUGUGGGCAGGAGGUGUCCUGGGUCCCCAUCGUCCUCCACGGGGAGCUCCUGCCCAGCCAAGAGCGUGGUGGAUGGGGAUACUGGUUGUUAAGAGCACACUCCUCCUCAGGUGGUCACAUCGGUGCCUGGACUGCAGCGGGCACACAGGGUGCAUUCCCUAGCCUGCUAAAAAGGUGGUGUGGGCAGGAUCUGCUGAGGCUCUGGGCAGCCCUUAUGGAGGGCAUGGAUUUGGUAGCUCGCUUUUUUUUUUUUUUGGUUUCCGAAGGUUUUUGUUUUCUGGCUGAGGUUUCUGCUACUGCUGGGGAGCUUGAAGGCUGUAGGCACACCCCUGGGGAGGUGCCUGGGAUCCUGCCCUGUCUCUUUGUUCCUGCAGGACAGAAGCUGGGAGUCAGGAGGUGUUAGUGCAGAGUGUUAGCUGGUGUUUUCCCAUCCCCUCUUUUGUGUUGGCAGUGGCAAGAUCCAUGGGAGAUGUGGUGCUGUCCUGGUGUUCCAGCAGGCUGGGGCUGGCAGAAAGGCUCUCUACUCCUUUCUGAAGGUGUUGGUAGCUUCUGUUCAGAAGGGUUUUUUUUAUCAGGCAGUGCAAUGAGCCAUACUGUUCUACCACCUUGUCUGCGCUGCUUUCAUGGAUUUCAUUUCAUAUUUCUUUUGAGUGGAGGUUGGAACAGGAGUGGUUUUUCUGGUUACCAGCCGCCAGGAGUCUUCAGCAGUCUCAUCUUGGGCAUGCCCUGCCGCCAGAGCCUUUGAAUAGUUUGAUGACUUUGGCUUUGAAGGCUGUCUCCAUGGCAUCACCUCAUGGUGGUAGGUUUCAAAUUGACCCCCAGUCUGCGUGUCUGGCCACACCUCGUUGUCACAAGGAAACAAAAAAAAAGGCAGAUCCUAAGCUGGGAUCCCAGGGCUCACAGACUUGAGUCAGAGAUGUAGGUUCUGGCUGCAGUUAGUUCAUGACACAAAUAGACAGAUCCCCUUUCUACAACACCCGAUGGCACAUGUUGCACAUAAAAAUCAGCCAUUCUGGGCUGCAGCUAAUAGAUCUGGUGGGAUUUGUGUUAUUUGGCACAUAAUACGCUGCUCUGUCCUGAGGGGAGACAAAUCCCAUGGUCUCCAGAGCAGGUUGACUGGCUGCCCGUGCUCCACAGCCCUUACCAAAGGACAAGACACCAGUAUGUGGGGUCACGGUGUAUGUGAACCUUUGACUGGUUUCUCAUAAAAAUGGAGCCCAAAGCAAUAGGAAGGACAAUAUUAGUAACCAGUGCUUCAGACCUGCAAAUCCCUGCUGAGCCGGGGCUGGGUUGGUCUGUUAGGAAGAAGUGCUGUCUCCAGGCUCUUCCAAGGUGUGACAGCUCUGGGGACCUGGCCUGAUCUCUGCCUGCAGAGAGCCUGCUCCUUAGCACUCGGGGGGAGCGAUCAUGUAUGUUCAGAAGAGACCAUGUACUUUUAUUAAGGAAUACAGCACCGGGGGACAGCGCUGGAGACAGGAGCACCUCUGGCUGGAGUCCUGCUGUAGCCGUGGGCUGACAGCGAUGUCCCUGUCCUGCAGCAGUCUGUGCUCUCUGUCUCUUCAGCACAGCAGGGGCUGGCGGUGGUCAAAGAGCCCUGAGAGCACGCUGGUGCUGAGGAUGGUGAUGGAGGAGCAACAGCGCUCCGUAAACCACAGAUGUCACGUUGCAGGCUCAGGCAGGCAACUUGGCUUCUCGUUUGCUUGUGUCGCAGGAGAGCUUGGAUCAUGGGCACAGAGGGCAGGGAUGCAGAGAAUUCGGGAGGUCUCCAGCCCCUUCUCAAAAAAACUUCCUUUUCAUAAGCCUUGAGCUUUUCUAGCCUGGGAUAUUUCCUCAUAGGACACUGGAGACUUGAAAGUUCCUAAACUGCUGCUUGUUGAAAGGCUGGAUGCCUGGUAGGGGGUUGCUGAAUACUUGUCCAGUUUUUUUUGUAUUCUUGCCCAAAGGGUUUGCUGCUGGCUGCUGCUGGAUUCAGGACAGUGUCGUGGUGGAUCUGUGUUAGCACCUCAGGCCCUGUACCCUGAGCUCUUUUGUUUGCUCUAAGGCAGGCUCAGGCUGGGGGGGAGUGACGUGAGGUGGGGAGGGAUGCUCCUGGACAAGUGCCUGAGGGGGGAGUGGGCAGGGGACUCUUGGCACGAAGCCUUACGUUGGGUUGGGUGUGUUCUCCUUGUCUUUGCUGAACUCACAAGGUUCUUCAUCUCCAGAGGAUCAAAUGCCAUCUUUCAGAGCGUGGAGCCACCACGCAGCUCUGGGCUGAGAAGGGGUCGGGUAACUCCACAGAGUGGUUGCUUUUAUUUACACUGGGGUUUAACAAAUUGCUUGAGCCUUCUUUUUAAACUUCAGCAUAUCUUACUAUACUCCCAGCUUCCUGUGAGACUUUGGCAUAUUGAAAGCUUCUUGGAGCCCUUAAUUUUCCUUGUUGGUGUGUCUAAAAACAAGCCAUCCCCUACCCUUUGCUGCUGUGGAAACAGCAGGCAAAUCAUCCUGGUAAGUGAGAGGAAUGAAAGUGGGAGCGUUCCAGAGCCCGGGUCUGUUCAUAAACCAGGCUCAUACUAGAAGCAAGUAGCACUAAUCAGCUUUUCCAAAGGAAAUGCCUAGAAAGCUUUUAUGUAGCUCAUCAUUUGUUAAUUUCCUUACUUAGUUGCUUAUUUAUAGCCACACUCAAAUGCUUCAGGGCUAGCCUUGCUCCAGGAAUGAGAAACCUGUAUCUGGUGCCACGGGUAGGAGUGCCUUGGGAGUGGUGUCCUAGACUGUCACCAAAAUAAUGUGCACGUUUGCACCCAUUAUAAAAAAAAAAAAAAAUCCACAACAAAUCAAUCAACUUUGGGACAUGAGCAUGAACAGGGAUAGCUUAGGGUUUGCUGCAGUUGCAUGUCCAAUGAAAAAAAAA